GAAAUCGGGCAGCUGGCUGGAUAGCCGUGCGGCCAAUCAAUGGAAACUUCGUCAUUGUCAUUGAUAGCUAUACUUGUGUUCCACUUUCUUGGGGUAACAUUUUACUUGCAGAGUUGCAGAUCUAAGUGGUGCAAUUUAGGCUCAGCAACCUACGUUGUAACCAAAAAAGAAAUACCUCAACUACUCUUCCGACCAACCCAACUGUCCCGACCGCUACCUUGCACUAACCGCCCGCGUCAAAGCCAGCCUUCCCGGCCACAAGACCCGCCACGUCAUCAUCCCCGCGGCCGUACUAUGUGAACGACUGAACCGUCCCCCCCCCUUUCCCCACGCCCCCGGGAAAGAGAAGAGACACCCAACCAACAGACGACUGAGAGAGAGCGCUACAUACAAACCCAUCAAUCCAUAUGCGAAGCGACGCCCGGCCGGCCGGAAUCCGACGAAUCCGGCAAUGGAGAGACCGAUCUCCGACCAAUCUCCAGCGGAGUCCUCUGACGGUGGCCCGCCGUCGCACCCCGUCCCCAUGCUCCUCCCCGUCUUCAUCCUCUUCUUCAUUCUCCUCUGCUUCCUCUCCAUCUUCCUCUUCCGCGACCUCCUCCACUACGUCUCCGCCUGGAUCGCCCGCAGGGGGGCCCGAGGACGCGGCGGCGACGGGGGCGGAGGGUUGGCUGGCGGCGGGGAGACCCAGGGUGAGACGGGGCUGGACCCAGCGAUCAUCGCGUCGUUCCCGAAGCUGCCGUACUCGGCGGUGAGGGGGGUGCAGGAGGGGAAGUGCGGGGCGGAGUGCGCGGUGUGCCUGGCGGAGUUCGCCGGUGGGGACGUCAUACGGCUGCUGACUGUCUGCUGCCACGCAUUCCACCCGGCCUGCAUCGACUCCUGGCUCGCCUCCCACACCACCUGCCCCAUCUGCCGCUCCGACCUCGAGGCGCCGCCCAACGAGGCGGCGGUCCUGGCGGUGAGGGAGGCCGUCGGCGGUGGGGAUGGCCAUGCGAUCGACGUAGUAGAAGAGGACGGGGAGGGGCAGUCGGGUCGGAUGCGGAAAUCGCGAUCGAGGAGCCUGUCGAUCACCAUGGACAGGGCGGAGCGCGGAGAAGGGUAACGAUAGGAACACGAUAAAGGCUGACAGAGAGCCGCAGAGGAGCGAACCAGCCGUUAUUCUUCGCCCGCAAGAAGCGGGCGAUGACUUCGGGGACCGGACGGUCCCAAAUCCUAAACCUCUCAUACCAAUUUUUAUUUUUUAUAUUUUUUUUUUGGUUCUUAUUUAUUCACCUUCUUCCCUGCAAGACAAUGCAACAUCCUGUAAAAUUAGACCAUAAAGUUAGAGCCUAGUUCUGCUUAGGGGUUUGAAAAGGCAAAAAAAGAGGAAAAUUUGAAAAGUUUUCGACAAUUCCAUUGCUUCGUUAGCUUGUUCGACCCCAACUAGGUUGUGUAAAUAUAAUCUGAAAAGUCUUGGGGUUCUCUGCUGUUUCUUUUCGAUUGCUUCGUUAGCUUGGAAGUCAUUGAUGUGCUGUUUUUUUUUUCCCACAUUUUUUUUUAACUUCACGAGAGCUUGUUCUCCCCUGACUGGCUGUGUCAAUAUA